GGAGCCAUGGGCAGGGAAGGAUGGCUCGGGGCGUGCGUCGCUGCCUGACCGCGGCACGGCAGCAGCGGCAGCAGCCGGAGCAGCGCGGCCCCGCCGCCGCCCCCGCGCAGAUGCGCCCGCCGGCAUCCCCCGCGGCCGGCCGCGACCUGCUCAGCGCCGAGGGGAUCCCGCCGGCUCCGGGCGACGGGCAGAGCCCGCGGACCGGCCGCUGAAGCCGCCUCGCCACCCGCACGAGAGGAGGAGCAGCCGCGGGUGCCCCAUGGAUAAGGCGGGCUCGCUGCACAGCUCGGUGCCCGCGCCGCCGCCCCGGCUGUACCUGCCGCGCAACUUCAGCUGCAGCGCCUGCCUCUAUGGCAGCCUGGCCGAGCAGUGCCGGGCGGGCUGCAGCCCCGACGGCGACGCCGCGCCCACGCCCGUGGUGCGGGAGGCGGCGGGCGAGAAGCCGCCGCAGGCGCGGGGCCGGGAGCCCACGCUGCCCGCCGUGCCCCCCAGCCCCACGCAGCGCCGCCGCGCCAAGUCACUGCCCACGCCCGGCGACCGCAGCCUGCGCCCCGCGCUGCAGCAGAGCCCGUCGCGCCGCAAGACCGUGCGGUUCGCCGACUCCCUGGGGCUGGAGCUCACCUCCGUGCACCUCUUCUGCGAGGCCGACCUGCCGCGGGUGCCGCUGCCCGCGCCGCCCACGCCGCGCCCCGCAGACCUGCUCAAGACCAGGAAGCCGCCGGUGCUGGGGGACCUGGAGCCGGUGCUGUUCGGGCCGCCGCCGCCGCUGCUGGAGCCGCUGUUCCCGCCGCAGCCCGGAGCCAGCCCGGGCUUCGUGGAGCGGGUGCGGCAGCACAAGGUGAGGCUGGAGUGGGUGCGGGCGGAGCCCGCGGGGCUGCGCGGAGCCGUGCGCGUCCUCAACCUCGCCUACGAGAAGGUGGUGUCGGUGCGGUACACGCUCAAUGGCUGGGCCAGCUGCGCGGACGCUCCCGCCGCGUACCAGCCGCCCGGGCCGCCCGACGGCAUCACCGACCGCUUCGCCUUCCUGCUGCCCUUGGGCGCUGCCGCCGCCGAGGCCACGCUCGAGUUCGCCGUCCGGUACCGCGUGGCCGGCGCCGAGUACUGGGACAACAACGAGGGCAAGAACUACCGGCUGCGGGGCCGGCAGCGCGUCCCGCCCGGCACCGGCCUCCCGCAGGACCCCGACAGCUCCGCCUGGAUCCACUUCAUCUGAGCCGAGGGGCCGGGGGGACUCGCCCGCCGCCUCCCCGGGAGCCGCUGAGGGCUUUCCCCGAGUUCCGUUUACAGCGGGUUGAUUUGGAUUUUCGCUGGCGAUGCCGGGGGACCCUCGCUCGCCUCACGGGCGGGUUCCCCUCAGCACCCCAAAGCAGUAUCUGCCGGGGGGGCUCGGGGGACGUGCGGGAUUGAGCGGCCAGGACCGGGCUCCGUGGACGCACAUGCUUCCAGGGAUCCAUGGAUGCACAUGCUUCCAGGUGCCGGAGGGGCGGCUGUGGCCGCAGCAGGUGACACGGAGGGCAGGGUCACAGGGCAUCCCUCCAGCCGCCCUAUUUGCCUAAUCCUGCUCAAGCAAAGCCCGGCUCCGGCGAGGGGCAGGAGCCGCGCUCAGAGCCGCGCUCACCCUCCCGAGUCAGUGUUGGGGUUAAGGGCCUGACCGCGCAGGGCUGAGGGACAGAGAACUGUUUGCAACCCAAAACGACGAGAGCAGGGAUGCCCCGAGGUGUAGCUGCUUUUCAUCAUGCUGUAAAAAUGUUCGGUUCAAAGCAAAGUUUUUUGUUGGAUUUUUUUUUGUUGUUUGUUUGUUUUAAAUUUUGAACCCUGUUUCGUGUAUUUAAACAUACUUAGAAAGAAAAAAAACAGUGUCACAGCCUAAUGGAAAACGUAACUCUCCGAGAGACUUUAAAAAGAAAGCGUUUUGGUUUAGAACUCGUGUGGUACGUUGGUGGAAAGGUUUGGCAGGGUCUGGUGUCAAAUCUGUAGGAUUGGGCCCGUAAAGCUGCUUGUGUUCAGGUCAGCAGGAAAGUCGUGGGAUUGCACUGAGGGAACCAGAGAGACAACAGGAAUUGAAUCCAUAAUUCUGGUCUGCAUCACAAGCAACACUUUCCUUUUUAUUCCUGUUGACGGUUUAAUUGGAUUUCUUGAGGUGUAUCAGUGCAGGAACCUCCUUUCUGAAAAAUUAAGUGCUCCAAAUUUUUCCUAAUACUUUCAGUAAGUGGCAGAUUUCACAAACCUGGCAAAGUUUAGUCAGCCAAAUCGAAGCAAGUUGUACCUUGCCAUAGGAAAAUACAUCAAUAAAAAUCUCAGAGCGGGCUGACUUCUGCCUUCAAAGGUAUGCUUUAAAAAUGUUUUUGAAUUGUAUUAGCAGUAAACGUAGCAUUUUCCUUUUUAAACUUGGGUUUUUGGGAGUUCAGCUGAGGGCAGGUUGUGCUGGUGCCAAAUCUGGGUGCUAAUUUUCCAGGAUUGAGGGCGGGGGUGUGUUUGCAGGAGAGGGACCUCUGCAAAUACGACUUCUGAGAGUGGCAAAACCAAUGUCAGUGAGAUUUUCUGGUUAUGAAUGGCUGUGAGGUCAGGCCUUUGAGGGUUUGGAUCUUCUGUACGUUGUUGAUGAAUGAAAUGUGAUUUUUAACUUCAUUUUUAUGUUCUUUGAAAGAGUUAAGUGUCCCAAGCAGCUUGAGCAAUGUCUGGAGUAAUGAGUUCUCACAGAACCUUUUGACUUCAGUGGGAAUUGAGAGCACUUUUGUCUCCUGAGGGUUUGGUUCAGUCAGAAUAAUUAAACUUUUGAAUUCGGGGGAAAAAAAAGAGGUCUGGGAAGUUGAUGGGAAGAGAGUAUUUAAUUUAAUUUCUCUGGAUCGCUGUCUUUGAUUUAAUGGAAGCAAUAGCAGGACUGCUUUCUGUAGCACUGGUAACUUGGUUUUAAUUUCCCAGGCAGUUUUCUAAUCCCUGUGUUUUUAGUGAAACAGAACAUAAGAGAAAUGUACUGUCAGCAUCUCCUGGGCAUUUCACAUUUUAGAAUAUUAAGAUUCCCAUCUUGCAAUGCAGUAAUCCUGUAAGUUGCUAGAACACGUACACAAAGCUAGGAUUGCACAAUUAGGGUCUUCAAAUGCUCAUGACUUAAUCAUAUUAAGUGGUGUAUUUGAUUUAAAAAAAAAAAAAGCCCAAGUGUCUUUUAGUUGAAAUGAUAUUUUUUAUAAGAGCCUUAAUAGUGGAGAGAAGGAAAAGGACUUGUCUCCAUUUGAAAGCACUUUGAAAUCUGUAGAACUACAGCAAAACAUCUUUUAUUUAUGUGUUAGAGCUUUCCAAAGCACUUUUUGCUUGGCCUUUUUCACCCAAAGAGUGAACCAACAGCUGGAUGGGUUGGACUGAUGAAAAUGCUGGGAGAAAAAAGCAGUUUCUGUGCAUUUUAGAGCAACUGAUGCUGCAGCUUUGCUUAUGAAGUUUUAACAAGAUUUCUGUUUACUGUUUCAAUGGCUUUGGAAACAAAAGCAGGGCUAAAACCAUUUUUAACAGUGAAGAAUUCCAGAACUCCAAAAUUAUUUCCCAGUGAGCGGCAGUUCUCAUUGUCAUUUGAUUUAUGCAGCGUCUGCAGGUCUCUAAAAAAAGUCUGAAAAAAAAUCUCCUUCGAACACCUGUGGCUUAAACUGAAUUCUGUGAGUAACUUUAGGGGCUUGGACUUGAGCAGAGAUUAUGGAUAACACAUUCAAGUCCAGUGACAGCCAUGGCCUCCUGGAAGCAUUUAGGAACAGCUCCUUUUCCAGGCUGGAAAGGUGGGGCUGCACCAGCCAGCUUUGACUUGAGAAUGCUCUUGGUGAGGUCCAUGGGAGGACAUUGAGGUGUUUUAAUAGAAAUUAUCAGUGGUGUCUGCCCAAGUUGCACCACUUCAAUCCCAUGUGUGCACUUCUAUCAGGUGAAUUUAUUUCCAAGCAAGACUUACUCAGAUUCCCAACCACGUGUUUUGGGUUGAGUGUUUUGUCCAUUCACAGAGUUCCCAACCCGUUGGAUUUCAACCUGAUGCCACCUACGUGUGGCUUGCGGGAAGCACUGCGAUAAAUGGAGAUGAAAUGAAGAUAUCAAACGAUAUUUAUAUAAUAUUUACAUAAACAAUGACUUUGAGGAGGAUCCUGAAAGGAAUCAAAGCUAUGGACUGUAAAUGGAAUUUCAGCGGGCUAAGCAUAUUAUUUAUGAGCAGAAAAACUGAAUAAUUGUACAUAAUUUUAGGUAAAUUAUUUUUUUUUUAGCUUUUACAACUCUUUGCUGUGAAUGUGUGUGCCUCAGAAUCUCAGAAAACAAUAGAAUAGGUGCACACUCUGUCAUUUCAGCAGAUGUGAGGAGGAAAAUGGAUCACUUGAAUGAACAAAUGUCUGCUCAUGCAGAAGCAUCACCCCUUUACAGACGUGAAGUGUUUUUCCAUAGAGCCAACAGGCAAGCAGCUGCUAAUUUUAAUAAAAAGUAGUCUACAGAAACACUCAGAAUCUGAUAUUUAAUGUAUUAUUGAGUAUAUAUUAAAAUUUUUAUGUGCCUUUCAGCAUUUCCUAGGAAGAAAUCUCAUGUGUUCCUUUGCUCUCCCACCAGAAGUCCGACAAGGGCUUUGUCAUUAAAAUGAAAUUUAUACUAAAAUAUAAGAAUCUACUUGAAUUCCUGACACAUUCUCAGCUGUGCCAGAAAUCCUGAAUCUGUAGCAGCUGGAAGAAUUUGAUUAUAUUUUCCCAUAUUACAAUGAAAGAAAUGUCAGUCAGAAAUAUGUCUUCCUGAUACACCUCUACAGUUGUCUGGUUAAUUUAAAAGAAAACAUCUGUGACUACAGUUAAUAUAACAAAAUAUAUUAUUGAAUGAAUGAAGGUAUUCCUGAGCACUGAAAUGAAGGAUUUUCUUCUUAAGGCAAGAAGUCAAUAUAGUCAAUAUUGUUGUAAAAUGGAUCCCUCAGCCUUCUGUGGAGCUGGUCAGUGUUUUGUUUAAAAUGGAAGGUGGUGGAAGAUUUCAAAAUGAAACCUGUUCAGAACACACCUGAUUCGAAGGAAGGUUUUCUCAGGUUCAGCUUAUUAGGAGAGAAUUGCCCCAAAAUAAAUAAGAUUUCAUCCCUGCCCCCCUGUAUGGACUUGAAUGUAAGUCUUCCAUGAUCAAAGUGGAUGCUGAGCUAUAAAACCACUGGCUAUUGCUCGGAUUCUUUCUUUAUCCAACCUAUUAAAAAUAUGACUUUUUACUUCAUAGAGAGGAUUUUUUGACCCUAGCUUUCCCCAUCUCAUGGGAAUAUCCUCUUCAUUCAGCUCUACUGUUGAGAGAGGUCUGAUUUUUAAUUUUAUGCCACAUAAGAAGAUUAUUUCACAUUAUUUUUUCGGAGGGGGAAGGCAGGAAAACUCGUUUCCCUCGCAGUUUUAGUUUUAUAACACAAAACAGUAGCAUGCAGCCUGAAAAUUGCUUGAAAUAACAUAUGCACUAGUGAUUCCAAAGAGUAUAGCUAAGAAAAAUGUCCAGUGUGAGAUGUGCUUUUUUUAUAAAAAAGAAAAAAUAUAUGUGCUUUGGUCUUGUCAGGCAGGGAGAAAGUUCUAAUCUGCAGUGCAAGUGUAUCAAUGCCAGGGAUUUCUUUCUAUGCAAUUCUAUGGUGCACCUGGUUUUUUUAGGUGACUGGUGUAGCUGAUGUUAUCAGUGUGUUUGUUGUGUGUAGAAUAUUCUGUUCAAAGUGUCAUUAAGGAAAUUGUGUGUCUUAAACUUUAGGCUUUUUUUUCCUGUCCCAUCUGACUUCACUGAAUCAUAAUAAUACUCCUCUGGGUGGAAGUACCAAGACAAUAUGUCAUCAAAGUGGCUCACACCUUACACGCUGCCACCUUCCAGGACAAAAAUGUUGUGUUACUGUUGGGAGUUUUAAACUUUUUUUGGUAUUUCUGUAUCUUAAAAAAAAAAAAAAAAAGCCAAUUUGUAUUAUACUUUUAAAUUCGAGGAGCUAAUGUGGGUGUUUUUGAAGCUGAUCAAAAGCAGUAAAACUGAACUUGGUUUUACUCAUAAAUCCAGUUUCCAAACUGUGGCACAACCAGCGUUUGUGCUCCUCCUGUCCUGACUUCAGGGAGCUGCACCCAGAUGUGAAGUUCAGGUAUUUUAAGGUUGAUCCAAACCGAGUUCCACCUGGGUGCAAAACCUGCCAACAUCUGGGUGUGAAUCCACGCUGUAACCCAGGAAAAUCCUGCUGUGACAGAGAAUUGCUGUCCUUGGAAUGGUCUGAACAAACCUGAACUCCACAUGCAAGUUUUUAAUACUGUUUCUUUGCUUUAACUUUGUUUUUAAAAGAAUAUGUUACUUGACUGGGAAAUUACUUUUGGUUGUAGCGUCUUCUGCAAUGUUUAUAUUUCACCAGAAAAUGUUUGUUUCUAACGUUUGUAAAAAGAAAAACAAAAACAAUAAUGUGAUGUCACCAGAAGUCAAAAAUCAAUGUUUUCUAAGAAUGCCUUGUACCUUACCCAGCCUUACGGUAUUUCUGAUGAUUUUCCACCCAAAACCACAUCUAGUCACUGGUUGUCACAAUUAUGAAAAAUAUAUAUAUAUAUAUUUAUAAACCUGUAGCUUCUAGCUGCCAUUAAAGAUUAAUGAUACAAA